CUUCCGGCAACAAUAGGAAACGUCAAAAACUUGUCCUGUCCGCCCCUCCGGCUCCUGCAGGCGGAGGCGCUGCGAGUUUCCAGGAGGCUGAGGCUGUUUCUGGUGCUCCCGCAGCAGUCGUGUUCCCUGGCGUGAACGCGUGCGGUCUGCACAGGCCUCUCCAUGGCUUGGGCAUCGGUUCCCGGCUGAGCCAUUUUCUUUUCGGCUGACAGCUCCCGCCCAGAGGCUGAGUCGUCGCGGCGGCGGUGGAGAUCGCAGGUCGCUCAGGUACUCGCGUCGGCCCCGAUACUUCCGAGGCCUCUUCCACCUGAACGCUUUCACUUUCCUGCUCGGGAAUCCAGACGGCGGGUGCUCGCCCCUUGGCAGCACCGGCCCAGUAAGCUGUCGUUUAGGACCAAUGACACGGCUUGCAGAUGGGUCAAGGACUCUGGAGAGUGGCCAGAAACCAGCAUCUCCAACAGGAAGCCUACAGUGAGCCAGGCUACCUCAGCAGAGAGCAGAGCAGGAGAGGGACUUCAAGCAACAUUUCUCAGUCCAGCCAACGGAAACAAGCCCAAGGAGGCAUCGAUAUAUAUCAUCUUCUGAAAGCAAGGAAGUCCAAAGAGCAGGAAGGGUUCAUUAACUUGGAAAUGCUGCCUCCUGAGCUAAGCUUCACCAUCUUGUCCUACCUAAAUGCAACUGACCUCUGCUUAGCCUCAUGUGUUUGGCAAGACCUUGCUAAUGAUGAACUUCUCUGGCAAGGGUUGUGUAAAUCCACUUGGGGUCACUGCUCUAUUUACAAUAAGAGCCCACCUUUAGGAUUCUCUUUUAGGAAAUUGUACCUGCAGCUGGAUGAAGGGAGCCUCACCUUCAAUGCCAACCCAGAGGAGGGAGUGAGCUACUUUAUGUCCAAGGGUAUCCUAGAUGAUUCGCCAAAGGAAAUAGCAAAAUUUAUCUUCUGUACAAGAACACUAAAUUGGAAAAAACUGAGAAUCUACCUUGAUGAAAGGAGAGAUGUCUUGGAUGACCUUGUAACCUUGCAUAAUUUUAGGAAUCAAUUCUUGCCAAAUGCUUUGAGAGAAUUUUUUCGUCAUAUUCAUGCUCCUGAGGAACGUGGGGAGUACCUUGAAACUCUUAUAACAAAGUUCUCACAUAGGUUCUGUGCUUGUAAUCCUGACCUAAUGCGAGAACUUGGCCUUAGUCCUGAUGCUGUCUACGUACUGUGCUACUCUUUGAUUCUACUGUCCAUUGACCUCACUAGUCCCCAUGUGAAGAAUAAAAUGUCAAAAAGAGAAUUUAUUCGAAAUACCCGCCGUGCUGCUCAGAACAUUAGUGAAGAUUUUGUAGGACACCUUUAUGACAACAUCUACCUUAUUGGCCAUGUGGCUGCAUAAAAGCACAAUUGUUGGUACUUCAACUUUUACUCCAGGCUAAGGCUGCCCAGGAAAGGACUUAGCAGGAAUGGGCUGCAUUAAUGCUGGUCUCUCCGCCUCUGUAUGCGGCCAAGCUGGAGUGCACAGCCUCUUUUUGUUUCACUGUUUUCUAGUUUAGAAAUUUCAAAACUAACUAAUAUUGGUGAAUAUUUCUUAAUUUUGCUCAUCAUGUUUGCACAAAACAGCCAUUGUAUAACACAGCUGUAGAGAAUGUUAAACUGACAUAUGCGCUCUAAGGUGGAGUGUUUGUGCAUUAGAUUUCUCUGAAAACGAUCCAUUUCCAUCCUUUAAAAUACCAUGUAAUGUAUGCAUAUUUAACUAAAGAGAUUUAUAAUCGUAAUUAUUUUAUUGUAAAGAUUUUAACUAAAGCUUUUCCUUUUCUCUUGAACUGAGUUUGGAAAUUUUUUUAUCAAAGUCAGGAUCUGACCUGGAAACCAAUACCAGCUUCCCAUUUCUUGGAACUUUGAAAAGAGUGUUGACUUGUUACUCUAUUAAUAUACUAUGCAAAACUGGCCUUAUUUGUAUAACAGUUAUCAUUUGAUUCAUUUUUAAAACUUCUGGGUUAAUAAAGUUUCAAUACAUCCUUUAAAUAUUUAGAAUAUAAAAAAGUCAGAAUUUAAAAGUCACACUUCCCUAGAACUUGGGGAAGUCUUUACGUCCUUGUUUCUGAAAUACUUGGUCCUAACUAUUUUCCUAAUCUCAAUCUAUCUUCAGAGUUAAUAAUAAAAGGAUAUUACGCCGUGAA